GUAGAAUCGUAGUGUAGAAUCGUUCAGAAAUAUAUUAGUAUUUUUUGUAUCUUUGCAUCGUUAAGAUGAAAUCUCUCAAUUCUGUCCUUGGGCAUUGCAGUAAGUUUAUAUACAUUAAGAAGGCGGAAUGGUUAGUAUUUUUUAAGCACUUCGAGACCCUACACAAAACAAUAUUUGGGAAACUAAAAGAAAACUCAACGCUGGCGUAUCUUAUUGUGGAAUAUAAUUUGGAAGGUAAGACCUGUUGUUUGAAACAGUAAUAAUCUUUUCUUAUCUACCCAUAGGUGCCCUAUCUGUUGCCCACCUUUCAUGUCCCCUGGAUUCUGUAUUCUGUAUUCUAGCCCUUGGUAAUACCUAUAUACAUAGUUUCUUAUCGUUUAAGGUGCCCCCACUUUAUCAAAAGCUACCAACUGGCCGAUAGCCCCACCCAAUCUUGAUCACGCAAUCCGUUUUCGUGUGCUCGUGUCAGAAUCAUAAUUUUUUUGCAUUAUCCGGUCCGGAGCAUUGCAUCCCAUUCCCCCUCCGUUGGGGGUCGUGUUAUAAUAAUAAUUAUUUUCGGUAUACGGUGAAACCAGAACCCCCUCGUCCGGGGGCCCGGUGCCGAUCGUUUGUCCCGUCGUCUCGUAUCCGUAAUAGAAUCAAUCGUUCAUGCAAUACGUUUUCGUGUGUUCGAGUCAGAAUCGCAGUAUUUUACAUUGUCCGGUCCCAUUCCCCCUCCGUUGGGGGUCGUGUUAUAAUAAUAAUUACCUCCGCGUCCGGGGGCCCGAUCGUUUGUCCCGUCGUCUCGUAUCCGUAAUAGAAUCAAUCGCGUGCGCGUUUUUUAAUUCGAAUAGUGUCUGCUGUACUCUUUCAGGAAGCUCGGGAGAUAUGUUAAAAAUCGCGAAACCCAACGAAUUCGAUUUGGUAUUUAAACUCGAAUUUCCGCACUACCGGGAAAUAAUCGUGACGCGGGAUUCGGAAAUGCCGGGAAAUGUUUUGCUCGAUAUGACGCGCGUGCUGCAGCUACUCGAAGACGAUCCCCGCGUGGAUCAAAAGAAUAUCCGCCGGCUUUUAAAAUCACUCGUAAACGCACAGAACUUCCUCGUCGUGGACAAGAUGCAGCACUGGCUCCAAAGCCUCUUCCGUCGUGCUCUCAACCAGCUCGGAGAUCAAAUCGUCGUGGAUGGCCAGGCGUACACACUAAAUUAUCGAAUCUGUGGGCCGGCCCACACCAUCGAGGUCGGGGGAAUGGAUUAUUCCGUUGAUUUUGUUCCUGCCAUCCGACUGGAUGCCGAGCAGAACGUGUUUCGGUCCGAACAGCCGAUUUAUUUCGAGAAAAUAUCCUACUGGGAUGCAAUACCCAAACCUACAAAAAACCCGCGUAAAACCGAAAGUAUUUCGUUUCGAUCUUCCUUCUACGAGGCCGAGAAGGCUAUUUUAAGGGGAAAACCUGAAAAUUGCCUGAAUGCAAUCAAAUACAUUAAGCAAUUUCGCGAUGUUAAAACUAAUUUACACAAUUUGAAAAGUUAUUUUAUUAAGACUUUUUUUCUUUGGAAAUUGAAGUCCAAACAGGAGGCUUACUGGCUCAAGCCGCUCCCAGACAUAUUGAUCGAUAUGUUCGAAGAGUUGACGGAUUGCUUGAGCCACGGAAGCCACGGAAGACUAAAAUUCUUCUGGGAUCCAAAUCUAAACAUGCUCGAUAUCUAUACAAGGGAUCAAGUAUGGGAAAUGUUUCGAUGUGUUCAAGGAAUGUCGGAAAAGCUAAGAAGGGCGGCUAGAGAACCCACACAUCGCAGUUUGUUAAUUGUCCUGCAGGCUUUCAGUCACAAAAAGGAACCCAUUUUUAACGCAAGUUCGUUCCCUCGAAAGUUUUAUCCAAAACGGAAGUAUGUUAAGCGCCUGACAAAAUCUCGCCCGAUUAUGUCGUUUAGGCAAUAACCCCGAGGAGACCAAAGCCCAAAAAGGAAAACUAGGAAAACAAGCUUCGGCUUGGUGUCGCUAGGGCCACUUAAUGUUGCAAUCAACCAUUGCACGUUAACGUCCAAACUUACAAAACACAGAUGAUUCCUCAUCCCAUUUUAGUUAGCAAAAUAACGAAGUGCUGGAGACAAGUCAUGCAGAAUAGAAUUCAUUUCAAAGGGGAACAGCUGUUGGUAUCCAUCGAUAGUUUUUGCGAAUAAUAAAUUCACAAGUAAAUGUCUCUCGGAA